AUGGAUAUGGCUAGGAGACGGUUAAAUUUAAAUAAAUAUUUAAAAGAGAUGGCUGAAAAAGUAGAAAAUUUUAAUAAAAAUUUGAAAAAAAUUAUUAAAAAAUUGGACAAUCAAAAUUUGCUGUUGAAAGAAAUUAAAAAAUUAAAAAAGUUGGAAGAAAUUAAAGCAAAAGUACAAGAAGAAGAUAAAGCUUAUCGUGAGCGCUUUAUUUCAAAAAUUGAAUUUCUUGAUAAAAAUUGGAACUAUUUGGUUAGUGGAUAUGCAGACAUCGGCCAUUUAUUCAUUGGUUAUUGUUUAGCAAAACGUUUCCAAUUUAUUUUUAACAAUGAGGGACAGGCAAAAACAAAAUUUUAUAAAGAAACAAAAUCCCAUUUAUUUAAAUAUGCGAAUAAAAUUAAUAAAAUUUUGGGAAACAGAAGAGUAGAUUUGGAAUAUUAUAAAAAUUUAGAAGAAAGUUUUAAAGAAAAAAUUCUUUUAAAAAUUGGAAAGAAAGGAGAAGGGUCUUCAAAAACAGUGGAAGAUUUACAUUCAUUUUUGGAUAAUGAUUGGGGAAAUAUAUGUGCUAUUGAUAGAGGACAUCCACAAUUUGAAAAGACUGAUGAAUGGGCACUUCAGCAUUUAAAAACUGUACAAGAAGACAAUUUCCAUCUUGCUGAUAUGGAAUUCAUGGAUGUUGAACCUAUUGAUUUUAAGCAAAUGGAGUUUGAUACCAAUGAAUGGGCUGAAUUUAAAAAAGGAGCAUUGGAUCGUUUACAAAUUAAUCGUUUAACAUUUACUGAAGCACACACAUUUAUUGUUUGUUUAAAUAAAAUAUUGCAUAAAAUAUCAAAAGAUGGACACGAAGUCUCACGGGGGGCGAUUGAAGGGAUUUCUUUUGUAGAAGAAAUUGAAACAGAUAAAAUAAAUGACAAGGAAUUAAGCAAAUAUUUAAAGGAAAUUGAAAGUAUUUAUUGGCAAUCCAAAGAAGAAAUUAAAAAUGUAUUUAAUUACUAUAUUUUAAAAGGACGAGUUUAUUUUUAUUUAUUAGAGUUUCUAUGGGAGAAAUACUGUAAACUAAUAAAAACACCCUCUAAUUGA